ACAUGGUUGGGAAAAGGAGUUGCUAAAUCGAUCAACAGUACUGUUCUUUCUCACUCGGUAGAUAGCAAACAUCAUAUCAAAGUAGAGGAAGCUUUUUAUGUUUUAUAUCAAGUUUCGAAAAAGUCUACUUCAAGGAGCUAGAUUACAGCUACUCUACAUAGCCGAAGCCAUCUGGAUCAACUCCAGAAAACCGAACUUAUGUAUCCAGAAAGGUAUAUCCAGCCUUUAUGUUCACUUUGACCUACUACUGGAUCACCGGAUACCUAAACUGAAUAUUAUAAACCUCUUGCCCGCUUCUCAUUUUUUUAUCACAUCUAUUUUGAUCUUCAUAUCCGUCUUUCCCAAUUCACAUGAACCCUUUUUUAUCGUAAUCACCUUAAUAACGCCCCUCUUAUUACUUAUUAUAUUCACACAGUGAUAUUAUUAUUAUUACGAUUGCUAUUAUCAUUAUUACCUCAAUUAACAAGAUGAAAUUCCUAUACUGUGCAUUUCAUUCACACGGUUCUUUUCAUUUUCACUUUGCUAUAUUACUGUUAUACUGAUUGGGACGUCAUACUGCUCUAAAUCAUUCUGACCUUUAAAUAUAUAUAUAAUUUCCGAAACAAUUUAUGGUAUAAGUUUAGAGGGCUUUGUUGAUGUAAAAGCUUUAUGUAUUCUUAUUGAAAACCUCCAGGUCGUUUGGAUCUUUAUGUUUUUAUUAAAUGUCAUUCGGUAUUUCAUUUAGACACUUAUAUCGAUGGACCCAUAGGGCAUAACGUUUGGUUGUCCCUCUAAUGCGUCAGUAUCCAGCCUCUGGGUUUUAUUGAACUUAUUUAAAGGAUCUUUUGUCAGAAUAUUGACUAAUCUCUGUGUUUUAGUGUGGUGACGUGUAGUCAUAAAAUUUUGGUUUAAUGACUCUGUUUAAACCGUUGUUCAUCGAUUACUAGUGUAUCUGUGUUUUUAUUGUAGACUGCUGAACAUUUACUAGGAAAUUAUCAGGCCAUUCAAAUGUUAAGCAGUCGCCUUCAGCUAAUUAGAUCUUAUGUCGCAGCUGUUGCAGCAGGAGAAUUACCACCGAAUAGAGCACGACUGAGAGAGAUCAAUGCUUUGGUUAAACGAAUCCCUUUCAUGCCUUCUUCAGCAGCCGAACAAAAUGACAAUUUGUACCGUCAAGCCAAUGAUGUGUGUCUGACAGCAUUGCUUGCCAGCAUAACUCAAGGCUUACAUACACUCUACGGUUGUAUGGUCAAAACAUCUCACGUUAUAGAUCGCCGAUCUAUUCCUUUGAGUGUGGGAAGUGGAAUUAUGGACUCAGGUUCCAGUCGUUUUGCCAAAGUUUCCCACUCAAUUGGUAAUUCUAGUUGA